AUGGCGGAGCCGUGGCGGGACGUGUGCGGGGUGCGCAUCGCCCCGCCCGAGCUGCGCUUCAGGGACGCGAUCCCGGGGAGCUGCUACCGCGCCGCGUUCACCGUGCAGAACCUGCGGGCGGGCACCUGCCACCUGCGGCUGCUGCCGCCACAAGAGCCCCAGUUUAAAUUGAUUGUGGAAAAUCCAGAAAAACUCCUUGCAUCUGGACUUCAAGUUAAAGCUGUUGUGGAAUAUACUCCCAAGUGUGCAGAAGAUUUUCAAGAUAAACUAACUCUUUUAGUAGAUGAUGACGUGGUUCAUAUCCCCCUCUUUGGAUUAAUUCCAUACUGUGAUCUGGAAAUAGAGUCAGAGGUGAAUUUUGGUGAAAUGAUUGCAAACAAUAAACUAGUUACUAAACAGAUUAGUAUUGUUAACCGUGGAACAACUUCAGGUGUAUUUAGAGUAUCAUAUGAUGGGGUUGUCUUGCUUAACAUAAAACCUGACAGAGGAGUGGUAAAGCCAAAAUCUGUAAGGAAAAUUCGAGUUGAUAUCUGCACAGAUGUACCUGGAGUCAUCAAAGAAAUGAUGAAAGUGGAGUUGGAAAGUCGUGGCUGUGCUGAAGUAUGGAUCAAAGGUGUUGUGGUUGAACAAGUUCUUAAAGUUCUUGGAGCGUCUUGUGGAAAAGUACUGAAAUGCAUUAACUUUGGACCUCUUUACUUUGGGACUUCAAAGACAGAAAAAAUACAUUUAUACAAUGAUAGCCCUGAGAGUGUGGAUUGGGUAGCAGUACUGGAAGACAGUGCCAUUGGGGGAGAGAUGGGGAUAGAUCUUCAGGGGAGUACAGAUGCUGUUUUGCAUGACUUAAGCCUGGAAAAAAAAGAUGUAGAUGUUUCCACCUUGAUCUUGUGCGUUCCCAAUCAAGGAACUUUGCUGCCUUAUGAGAAAUCUUUGAUUACAAUCUGCUUUAGUCCAGAAAAAUGUGAAAGAGACUUUGAAGUGAAUGACACAUCACUGGUUCAAGAUUAUGUCCUGUUUCUGAGAUUUGAAGCUGUUGGGGAGAGAAGUGGCUGUCUGCAGGACCUCAGUGGUGGUGCCACAGCAACCACAAGGAGUUGUUCUCCUCACGUGGACUUAGCCUUGAAAGGUUCUGGAUUUCCUGUGAUACUAACUUUUAAGCCAGGAACAGUAAUUAAUUUUAAGGGCUGUUAUUUUGGUGAACAAACACAAGUUGUGUGCACGAUGAAAAAUGAAUCCGAGUUCCUUCCAGUAACGUUCAGCUUCCGAAAGACCGCGCACUUCAAUAUUUCUCCUGAAAGAGGAACGCUUAAAAUAAAAUCUGAAAAGGAAAUGAUGUUUUCAUUUUCUCCACGUCAAAUAGGAACAUUUGAGAUGAAGCAAAUUAUUGAUAUCAUUGGUACAGGAGUAGAUAAAAAUAAUGUAGAUGUUUUGAAGACAAAAUCCUUUCAUCAAAUAUAUUUGACCUUACUUGGUGUGUGCAAAUCUAAACCAACAAGCGUUGUAUUCACAAUUAAUCCUGGUCUAACACCCUUGAUUUCCAAUGCAACUGGACAGUUCGUAGUUCGUGGCAAAGGACAGCUCAGUGAUACAGCACCUGUGGCAAUCCUUAAAUCAACCCAAACACAAAUUCAUACUCACCGGAAAAACAGGAAUUGUAAGGAUGACGCACUUAUAGCUUUUCCUAAUGAUCGUGCAGCCAGCCUUAGGCCUAGUGAAUGGAAUAAAAAGUACAGGACUAUUUUCACAAAGACUGAGAGAUAUAAUUACGUAGAUCCAGAAUUUGCUUAUACUGACUUUGAACGACUGUUGAGAAAAGCAAAUACGAAACUCUAUAUAGACUUCAUUUCCAGUUUAAGACAGCGUCGUUUAGAGAAACAGGCUGCUAGGGAUUUUUUUAUUUAUAACAAUCCUGUGAACAUAGGUAUUAAACCAGCUGAAAGUCUUAAAUCACCAAAGAUCUCAAUCUCAGAUUUGCCUAAGGAGAAGCCAGAGCCCAAAAUGCUUCCUUUAGAUGAAAAUUGCAUGUUAACAAGCAGAAAAUUGGCAGCAAUGGUCUCUAAAUCUACAAACAAAGGAGUUUGGAGCUGGCUUAGUCCUAUGCCAUCUUCUCCUCGGGAGAAGGAAGAUUGUAAGCUAACUUUAACAAACAAACAGCUUCACCAAAUAUUCAUUGGUCCUUCUACUAUAGAUUUUGGUGAUGUUUGUGUGCAUUCUACAACAACCAAAGAACUACAGAUCAUCAAUAACUUGUCAAUUCAUAUUUGGAUUCAAAUUGAGGUUAAAGUUGCAGAAUUGCAGGAGACAUCUCCAUUGUCUCAGGUGGUGCCUCCUCUUACAAAAACGCAUAUUCCAGUUGUGUUGGAGACAACCACUGUUGGGAUGUUUAAAAGUUCUUUCCGUUACAAAAUAAACAACCAACACAUUGGACAUGUGCUGGUAGUUGCACGUGCAAUGCCUUUUGAACUCCAGCUGUCUACAAGGGAGCUGAUUUUGAGUCCUGUUCCUGGCUGCCUAGCAGGGACAGAGUUUAGAAGAGCUGUCAGGGUAUGCAAUCCCAGAAACUAUCCUGUUGGCUUUACCUGGAGACCUGUAACUGGAGAAGGAAAAUCUGCAUUUACUAUAAAGCCAACAAGAGGGUUCGUGGAGCCCUAUAGUGAUGUGGAGUGUGAAGUUGUUUGGCAUCCAGGGUUCAACACUCCAGAAACAGGACAGUUCAUCUUGUGUGUGCGCCAAGGAAAUUCAAUUAACUUGAAAUGUUUGGCAAAGUUUGGUGCUACAAGAGUUCAGUUUAUGGCUCAAAAUAUAUCCUUCACUCAUAGUCCAAUUGGUUUCACUACUUAUAGGACAGCCAGUAUUCUAAACACAGGAUAUAACCAUGCAUACUUCCAAGUUCUUGACACAAACCCACUGCCUGGAAUGAAAAUCACCCCCUCUGAAGGAGUGAUACCCGUGGGAGGUGUUGUUGAUCUCAAAAUCUCUUUCUCUCCAAAGGCACACAUGAGUUUUCAAAAAAAAGUGAAGGUAGCAGUGAGGAAUGCAGCAGAGCUCACUCUUCAGAUUGGUGGAUUUUCAGAGAUCACUGAAAUAGGCAUUGAUGUGAAACUAUUUGAAUAUGGUGAAAUUUUUGCUAAUGCUACAAAAUCAAUUCCAUUUUUGCUUCAGAACAAAGGACAAUCAUGUACUAGAGUGGAAUUUGAUUUUUCCAAUUAUAAGGAUUUUAAAUUGAAUGCUGAAGACAGCUCAGCGAUUGACUGUUCUCGUUCAAACCCUUGUUUGUAUUCAGUUGACUUAAAGGAAGGGUCAUCUUUGCAAUGCUUCUUGGUCUUAACAGCAAAAAAGAUGGCAGUAUAUGACUUCCUUCUCCCAGUUUCUACUCCUCGGGCCAGUUCCCCACCUCCAGCUCCUCCUGCGCCUCUGAAGUGCGGUGCCCCCGCGCCCCAGCCACCCCCGGAGGCUCCUCCUCUUCCAUCGUGUAGAGUCAAAGCUUCUGUAAUUAAGCCACUAUUGGAGUUCUCCUCAAUGGAAUUUAAAUUUGAACAACAUUCGAGUAACAUGCAUCCUAGUACUGCUGACAAGAGUAUGAACUCUCAGGACCUUAUCCUGAAGUGUCUCUCAAGACAGAGUGUGACAUGGAAAUUGAAUUUUGAUGAUGUAGACAAAAAUAUAGAAGAUGGUAUUUUUAGGUUUAGUCUGCAGCGCGGAUGUCUUUAUAAAAAAGAAGAAGUCAGUAUUACUGUGUCGUUUUACCCUCCUUCUCCUGGGACAUUUACAUCUGAAAUAUCCUUGUAUCUAAAUUGUCAUCCAUUACAAUAUAUACUAAAGUUAUCGGGCACGCUGAGGUCACCAAAAAUAGGUUUUCAUCCUCCCUUUUUAAUGCUGAUGCCAGUUCCUCUGGGUGUGGAAACUGAAGACGUCAUCACCAUCAUUCCACAGGAUUUUAUAAGGCAAUCACGAAUUACAGUUAAACUUCCCGUGGCUGAACUUGCAGAUGGUACCACGACUUGCCCUUUUACUGUGCAGUUCCCAGAGGGACAAGAUAUUGUUCUUUCAUCAGAUGGCACAGCUAAUGAACUGACUUGCCGUAUCAGUUUCAGAUCAUCUAAGCCAAUGUCAUUUUUGGGGGAAAUGCUCUUCAUCGAUCAAGAAGAAAACAGGUUCUCAUUUCGGGUUUCUGGAACAGCAGACAAUUGUCUUCUUACCUUGUACCCAUACUUGGCAUUGCACUGCUCUGACCGAAAAAUUAUCUGGAGAAGCAACAAUAAAGACUUCAGCACUGGAGAAAUUGUUCUGCAGCCGUGUUUUACGCCACCAUCAUCUUCACAGAGUUAUUCCACAAGUCCUUUAGGUGCAGCUGGUGGUUCAACCUGUGAAGAUUCUGCAUCAGAGAGCACCACUAAUGAAAGUGAGAGUGACGCAUAUGAAAGUGAAGAGAAUGAAGGAACAAAUGAAGAGAGUAAAACUGACAGUCAAAGCGAUGGGAAAGGAAAUAAACGUGAAUUAUCAUUUUAUCCUGAUGAAGAUAAAGAGGAAUACACCUUCUUUCAAAAGACCCUAGCUGCUGUGAAGAGUUGGUUCACACUCUUUGGCUGGUCUAAGGGACAAAAUCCCAUUUCAGUACCUCACUCCCUGAGACGUGAUGUGUGCAUAGUCCAGCUAACCGUUGCACAAGAAAAGAGUUUUAAACAAAAGAUUGACAAGGAUAAGGGUUUUUAUGCGAUGUUAUUGCAUCUGAAUGGAGAGCCAAUACCAGGCAUUGCAGCGAGCCAGUCAUUGCCCCCUGAUCCAGUAGAAAGAAUGUUCCAGCUCCACUGGCAGCAUUCUGAAUUGCUUUCCUUCCUUAGAGGCCAAGGAGCAUAUCUUUCUCAUGUUAUGCCAGAAUUUCUGCUUGCACCUGAAGAUUAUGAGAUAUGGACGGAAGUGAAUACUGGACUGAGGUGUUUCACACCUGAAGUGAAGAGAGGCAGCAUGAGAAGCUCAGGCAAAUUAAGUGGCAGGUCUGUUUUCAUUCUGGGGCACAGAACGUUUGAGACCAUGAGCAAACGAGCUUGGAUGGAUGUGCUGCUGCAGAUAUACAAGGUGUUUGUUCUUCCAUGCAUUUCUCCCCGUAUUGUUCCUGACCCAUCAAGCUUGGAAAGCUUGAAGAACAUGCCAGGAAUAAAAUCAGAACCUUUAUGCAGUAAUAUAUAUUCUCGAUAUGAACGAGCCGUCAUCAUCUGGUUGAAUAAACAUUAUGAGACACAUCGAAAAAUUGUUUGGAAAGAUAGUCAAAGAGGUGGAAUACCACCCAUGAGAUGGAUAGUGAAUUUUGACCGGGAUCUUCUUGAUGGUCUGGUAUUGGCAGCGCAGGUAGCAGCUUAUUGUCCAUAUUUGAUUCCCACCCACUUCAUAAAGAUGUAUACUAAUCCAAGAACUCCUGAGCAGUUUCUGCACAACUCCUUGAUACUUGUGAAGGCUCUGCAUUCAGUCGGUCUGGAUAUAGACAUAAAGGCCACGGAUAUCUGUGAUCCACACCCUGUCAUGAUGCUUAUUUUGUGUGUCCACCUGUAUUACACUCUCCCUCAUUACUUACCCAGGAGCACUAUAGAAUUUACAGGUGCACUCCAUGCAACUAUUGUGAAGCAGGUGCGCCUGAAAAACCCAAGCAAUAAGACUUUGGCAUACAACGCUCUUCUUGUGGGAAGAGAUGCUGAUGAUUUCUCUUUAUCUAAAGGAAACACUGCUACCAUUCCCCCACUGAGACAAGGCUUUGUGACUGUGGAAUUCACAAUUCGUUUCCUGCGCCCUGCUGAAGCAGUAUUGAUACUGAUCUCAGAUAAAGUUGAUGGAGCAGAUGGUGCCACAAUGACAUUCUCUCUGAAAUCUGAAGUUAAGAAAAUAGAGCCUCUUAGUAUGAUAAAAUGCAGAUCCCCAUGUUAUGAGCUGAAGAAAUUUAACGUGAAUGUUACUAAUCCUUUCAGAACUGAUGGCAUAUUCAGGGUAAUUUUGCUGGAAUCCACACAAUAUUUAGUGAAUGCAGAGAAAGUGUGUCAAGCCAGGCAAGUAAAGCAAGAACAAACGUUUAGUUCUGAAAAUAAUGUACUAAAUUCAAAAGAUGGUGCACUGCGUGAGGAUUUAAACAAAGAGACUUGCUCUGAUCAAUCUGGCCUACUGCCUGAGUUCUUCAGUCCAAUGGAAAACCUGUUCUUGAAAGGAAAAGGUUCUGCAACCUUAGAUAUUCACUUCCUUCCCUUUCAGCAGGAAAAACGUUAUUGCAGUGUCAUUCUGGCUAAUGAAAAGAUUGGAGACUUUGUCUGCCUCAUCGAGGGAACAGGUGAUUUACCUUUGCCUUCAGAAUUGCCUGCCUUGGAUAGUCCAAAUGUUUUGCAUGCUACCAAUACCUCAGAAGAUGCAAGCACAGUACAGCCAGUUUUAUAUUUGAAAUGUGGCCUUGGUCAGACUCUGAAGGAAAAUCUGAAGAUUCCGUUGAUCAAUGAAUCAAAAGAGAGAGCCCUGGCUCUCGCUGCACAGCAGCAGAUGUCAGCUUUUGAGUAUGAAAGGAGACUGAUGACCGGGACUCUGCAGAGCAGCAGCGUUCGAGUUGCAACUGCAUUGUUGGGGCUGUCCAGAGUAGAGAGACGUGCACUUCUGAAACCUCAUAGGCACCCCUCAGAGCAGAAGUACGUGGAUUACAGCGUAGAAGUGAGCAUGAAACACGUCUUUGAAGUUCCUAAAAAGUUCUCUAUCCCAGUGUUAGCUUCAGCCAGAGUUAAUUUGGACACUUCAUCAGACCAAUGCCCUACAUCUCAGAAAACAGGUGGAAUUGAUACAGUUGAGUUUCCUAUAAAAUUCACUCCUGAGCAUCCUGGUUGCUACCACUGUCAGAUUCUUCUGAAGUCAUCCUGUGAUAUUCGUGUGUAUGAGAUUGAAUGUGUGGUGAAUGCAGACCAGGCUGAUGCACAGCUCGAAUUUGUAACUCCAGCUUACCAGGCAGUGACUCAGGAGAUUCCAAUUAGUAACAUAACCAGUGAGGACUGGAGGUUUGAAGUACUUUUGGAAGGACACUGUUUUCAUGGACCUCCAGUAUUAAAUGUGCCUGUAGGUGAAACAGUUCAGUAUCCUCUCACAUUCAAGCCAGUUGCUGAGAGUGUAAUAAUGGGAAAGCUUGUUCUGAGAAAUGUUACAGCUGGAACUCAGAACGUCUUUAGUCUUAAGGGAAUAGGGAAGAAACCUCUGCCCCAGGAUUGCAUUGUGGUAGAGUGCCAAGUGGGAAAGGUGGCUCAUAAAAUCUUAUGGGUGCACAAUUACACCAAGAAGAUGUUAAAAUACAAGGUGUAUUCCAAUCUCUCAAUGCUGAGUGGUGCCCCUGAUGUGGUUGUCAACCCAGAGGACACAGCUGCUUACACUUUGACUAUAGCUCCCUGCAGACGAGGAGUCUUUCAAGGUGUAAUUUCAUUUGUUGCUCAAGAUGAAGACCAAGAGCAGCCUCAAACCAGUAGCUCACCACCGAUGAAAGGUCGUAAACGAGCCCUUCAGAAACGGCCAGCAAGGACUCCACCACCUCUUAAAGCAGCUAAUGUUGGAGGAAGUUCUACAAAUUGCAAAGUGUGGUUCUCCUUGAAGAUUUACAGCACACCUGCAGCAGCAGAAAGGACAAUAGAAGUGGACUGUAAAGCUCUGGAUACUGUUGGAAUUAAUAUUCCCAUCACUAAUCCUACCAAUAAAGUUCUCAAGAUGAAUGUGCUGCUGGACCAUCCAUCCCUUUUUGGCGAAAAGUCUUUCGUUGUCAAGCCCAAACAAACAUUUUCCUAUCACGUACAGUUUUCCGCAGCUGCUCUUGGCGCUUUUGCUGGAAGUGUCAUGUUCCGGUCAGAUGUGGUUGGGGAAUUUUGGUAUGAGCUGAAGUUUAAUGUAGAGAAGCCAUCACCAACUGGGCUACCUGAUAUAAGAUGUGAGCUUGGAAAAUGGGCUCAUACAAACAUACCUCUUGCUAAUCCUACUCAUGAAACUCUGGUGCUACAAAUGGUUAACAGCGAUCCCAGCCAUUUUACAGUUGAGACUGACCCAAACCAACCUCUGACUCUUCCUCCUCAUUCCACCACUCAGCUGCCCGUGAGAUUCUGUCCCUCUGCCCUUGGAAGACGCAAUCACAAGGCAACGAUAACCUUCAAAUGCCCAAAGUUUGGAGAACAAAUAUUUCAUCUGACGGGAUCUGGAGCUCCUCCUGAGCAGAUGGAAGCAACCACCAUAAGUGCCUGCAUUGGCGAGUACUCCUCUGUUGUCAUAUCCUUUGAAAAUCCAACUGCUGAAAACGUGGUGGUAGAUAUCAAGCUGGCAGAUCAUGAGCUGUUGAAUCAGUGUCUGAGCGCAUCUGUCCUGUCCCAGGCCACCUGUAAGGAAUCUGUUUUUCAGCUUCUGGUUAAACAGCCACAAGGAAUCCGAUUAGCUCCAAAAGAAAAACUGGAAGUCCCUGUAUUAUUCUUGCCAUCUGAAAUGAAAAUUUAUAAAGCAGUGGUGGUAAUUCAUGUAAUGAGGGAAAAUGGUGAAAACUGGCCUUAUAAGGUUGCUGCUGGAUCAAAUACAGACUUAAAAAGAAAUGUUACUGCAGCACAGAACGGGGAAACUCAGGGAAUUGUCUGGAUCUAUCCGAUUAAUGGAACCCCUGAAGCACCACAGCAGAAAUCAGUUGUGAUAUGCUGUCAAGCCAGGCAGAGACUGGAACAGAGAGUAGAGCUGCUGCUGAUUGGUGUAAUAAUGCCUGGUGCCAGUGCUCUGCCUCAUGCAGGGAAUUCUGCCAUGGUCAAUACAGAUGAGUCGUCCAACACCCCAGAAGUCACUGAUGGUUCCUCUGCAACACUGGAGUUUCUGUAUGAAUUGCAAUAUCAAUCAGAUGAAAUUAGAUCUCAGCUUGAGUCUUUGAUUGGUUUGCAGCUGGUUGAAAAAGAAUGGGAUACAGAAUCCAGAAUUGUAACACUGAUCUUUAAUGUAGUGUUUGCACCUAGCAAACCAAUGAGGAAUGAGGCAACCAUUGUAAUUCAGUGUACUGCUGGAGGCCUUUGGAAGUUUCCAUUGGUGCUCACUGCCACGGAGCCAGAAGUGGAUGAUGUGAUCAACAUUGAAGCAGUUGGCCUGAAUAAGGAAUCCAUAGUUGGCUUUAAGCUCACAAGCCAGACAAGGUACCCAGAGCGAUUCACUGCACACUUCCUGGCGGGCAGCGAUCCCGAUUUCCUUGUCAUGCCACAAGCUGGAGAACUUCUCCCAGCAGGCACUGUGGGAACCGAUAUAACAGUGGGAUACAAGCCAAGGAUGUAUGGCAGGAGGCAGACAGCAACGCUGGUCAUCGAGACACAAUCGAUGCAAUGGACAUACAUAAUCAAUGGACUUCCUCCACAGACUGUACCACCUGCAGUGGCAGCAAGAGUGGUUUGCACCAGCAGCUACAUGGGAUCAUCCAUGGUCCGACAACGCAACUUUAUACGUGAAAAUCUGAAACUUGUAACCACUGGACCAUCCUCACCAAUCAAAGGAGCACCUUUGGUCCUUAGGAAAAAACAGAGAAAUGUAUAA